UCCUUUACUGCCUGUUGCUUUAUUCCUGUUUUUAAAAAGGAAAUUUUAAUUCCUCCAUUCUUCUCUGUUUCUCUGCCACCAGAGUGUUGAUAGUGCUUAUAAUAUUAAACUCUCCCAGGAGAAUUUAUAGGCAUGAACUUAAGAUACUCGUUUACCUUGUUAAAGAACCCCAUCUAAUAUAGCAAGUGGAAUUACUUAAAAUAUUUAAGCAUAGUUUACAUUUUGAAUUGGCAUGUAAACUGUGCUAGUUCAUGUACCAUUUAUGACAAAGAUUAUAGGAGUUAGUCUUUGCUCUUACUGAUUUGUGAGUAGGUGAUCUGAAAAUUGUGUAGGUGUUUGUGUUUGAGUUGGUUAGUUGCCAUUGAACCUAACGUGUGUAUUUAAGAAGCCCUGUAGUUUUUUAAAGGUAUCAGUGAAUGAAGAAACUCACAUUGCUGGGGUUUGGAGGUUUGGAAGUCUUACACCUGUGUUUUAGGGUCUGGCUAAGGCAGGGGUGAGACACACAGCACCUUUAUGUCUGCUGUUGUGCCUUGGAGUUCCUACAUACCUUCUCUUACACAGCAGAGAACAGAAAAAAGACCCUGCUUUUCCAGCAAGGUGUGCAAUAAGCCGGGAGCUGGAAGAGAGUGGCUGAGCAGUGCCUUUGCUGCAAACAGCUCUGCAGAGGCAGUUGGAGAGGCAAUCUUAUUAUUUUCAUUCAUUUGUUCAUUACUCUUAAUGGUGAUGAGAAAUUUCAUUGAGUCAGAUUUUGCUUUUUAUCUUUUAAGAUCAAGCUGGUAUACUCUGACUGUUUUGUGCAUUUUGUGUGCAGUUCCCUUCUGUGUCAAGAAGAGUCAGUGCUGUUGGCAGACUGUUAGAUUAUACUUUUUUCAUCUCUGCAGUACAGCUGUAAUAGAAUAGUAACUGCAGUUUUUUUCUUUGCAUUGUUAUUGUACAUCAUCAGAUCAAAUUUCAGAACAUCUAGUCACUGCUUACCUUUUUCCAGUCCUAUAUCUGUAGACAUCUUAUAUGACUAUAUCUUUAUCUGUUUUUCACACAAUCAAUGAAGUUGGAAGGGACCACAAUGGGUCACCUGGUCCGACCUCCCCGAUCAAGCAGGCUCAAAACCAGUGUUUUCCUUUGUGUUCUUCUGGUCUCUGUCUUUAGCUGUUGCCAUUUAUCAGUUAUAUGGACAUCUUUGGUUUUAUUCUUUUGUUUAUUUGUUUGCACAGCCACCUCUUAUGCCAUUUGAAUGGCAUUCAUAUGCAUUGAACAAGGAGCCAUAAAUGCAGUCAUGCAGAUUUUGAAAGAGCCCUCUGUGAGGCUUGUGCUCCAAAUGGGGCUAAUUGGUUGCUUCACUCUCCAUCAUUUCCCUACAUCAAUGGAUUCUGCUGCACAACCAUCUGCAGUAGAGAGCAAAAAGUGGGUUUCAAAAGCAAUGAAAAACUUUAUAAUUUAAUGCCUAGAAACUUGUUAUGUUUUUCUUUCAGAUAAGCAUUUUCGCUCUGAAGAAUCACAAAGAUGGAUUUUAAAUAAAAAAAAUAUGGACCUUAUCGAAGGAAAAAAAGUGCUAUCCGAUCAGUUAAACUAGAACAUGUAUCUGUUAAUAAACUCUUGCAAAAUUCUUUUGUUCUUUAAUUAGGAAAGCCAAUAUGAUCAAUUAAGAGGAGGAUUACCACUGUUCAAAUAUUUGACUUACCCUUUUUUAUGGUUGAAUUUUACGUGUUUUUAAAUAAUUGUGUAUUUGCCUCCCAACAAUAAAUAAUUAAACCUAUGUUUUGCUACUUGGAACAAUAUGAAUAAAACAGGAUGAAGAAAAAUACUGAUAUAGAAAUGGGUUUAUCUGUAAGAAGAUGUAUUUGCUGUUGUGUAGGGCCCCUACUCACAGGACAUUUGUGCUCUUUUUUGCAAAGAUGAGCAGGUGAGUGGAACACAUUUCAUUUUCUUGGCUUUACUAUUGGCUCUAGGAAUAGAAAAGUUGAAAUGUUCUUAAAAUUUCCCCAAAUCUUUUAGGCUGCACAAUGUUUUCUUAACUAUAUUUAAAAAAACAAACAAACAAACAAAAAUCCAAAUGCUUGUUUAUUUCCUAUUAAAAGUACCUGGAAGCCUACCCAAUUGUCUGGUAUUAUGUGCUGGGAGCAUCAUGUGUGUUCUGAGACUAGAGUUCUUGUCUUGCAAACACUGGUGAGGAGACACACAGGUGCUGUGCCUGAGCAGAGUGUUUAAAUGGGAAUCGUGAUGAAUUCUCACUGUGGAGACUGGUGGGGUCAUGGGGGAUUUAUUCAAAAUAUGUUCAAGUCUUUGUACAAAGGUUGAGUAAGCUUAGGGAAACUAGUAGAGGGGGCAGAUGUGUCGGACUUCUUGGAUAAGUCACUUAGAAAAUCCAGAGAAAAUUGCAGAUAAAGCAGAUAAUGGACCUGUGGGGUAGGAUAAACUUUAAGUGUAUUAAAAAGUUGGUGUGUGUAUGACCAGCUUCAGACACAACCAGCCAUGUUAAGAAUCUGUACAGGCACUUUUGUCUACCGUACCCACUGUUUUUUCUCUCUGGUGCCUGAGCAGAAGAUAAGAAAUUAGAAAGGGCAGGAACAUGUUUCUGAGGCAUUGAGAAGAGUCAGAUUGGGCUGACCUUGGUCCCACUGCCUUCAUCACACAUACAGUUUCCCCCCAAGCUAACCAACCACACCAACAGCCCUGGAGUGGAGAGCAAGAGAGGAAGUGGUGGUUUUCGAUCUGUAGUGCUGUUUGUUGCUGCCUGGAGCUAACACCUUCUACCUGAUUUGCUGUACUGGGCUUGGGAAAGUCCCCAUGUUCCAGGAAUUCACAUCCAGAACAGACUUCGCUUGGCCUACUGUGUUGAGGGAGGGGAGAAUAAGUGUCUUAGUAUGCCACAUAUUUAUCCUGCCUCAUGUUCUUGGCAUGAGCUCUUCUGAUGCCUGUGAGAAGUCUUGGGCUGCCUCUUCUGAGCCUGAGUAUGAUGGAAUCAUGUAUGUGACAGAAUACCCAGAGGGGAUGUAAGGAGUCUGCUCCAUCGGCAGAGGUAAUGGGCCCCAUCAUGAUCGAAGUUGUGUUUACAACCAGAGCAACAUAGUAGAUGGAGUUUAUUGCCUCCCAAUAGCACACUGGAUUGAAGUCUCUGGACAUACUGAUGAGAUGAAACAUACAACUGACUUCUAUUUUAAUAUUGCAGGACAUCAAGCUAUCCAUUACUCCAGGAUUCUGCCAAACAUCUGGCUGGGAAGUUGCCCUCGGCAGCUGGAGCAUGUGACCAUCAAGCUGAAGCACGAGCUGGGUGUUACGGCUGUGAUGAACUUCCAGACUGAAUGGGACAUUGUUCAGAAUUCCUGGGGCUGCAACCGCUACCCAGAACCCAUGAGCCCUGAAAUCCUCAUGAAACUGUAUAAAGAGGAAGGUCUUGCCUAUGUCUGGCUGCCAACUGCAGACAUGAGCACUGAAGGAAGAAUACAGAUGUUGCCACAAGCUGUCUGCCUCUUGCACGGACUACUGGAGAAUGGACACACUGUCUAUGUUCAUUGCAAUGCUGGUGUUGGCAGGUCUACAGCUGCUGUCAGUGGCUGGCUGAAGUACGUCAUGGGAUGGAGCCUGCGGAAAGUCCAGUACUUUUUGACUUCCCGGAGACCAGCUGUCUACAUAGAUGAGGAAGCUCUGAAUCGCGCUGAAGAUGAUUUCUACCAGAAAUUUGGGCAUCUUCGUUCUUCAUACCAAAUACAAGAGUAGAAAAGCGGAAGAGGAGAAGGAAGGUCAAGAGGAAUCCUUAGCGUUUGAACCCCACGGAGUUAGAAGUCAUAACUCAGGCACCAACUUCACCUCUUCAGAUUAUAAACUUGUCAUUAAAGUCAUGAGAAUUUUGUUUAAGAAGUGCCUUGGGGUAUUUUUUAUUUGCUUUAUUUAAGCUGAUACAAUUCCUGGUUUCAAUCCUUUUGGUGCAAGUAUGAAACCUAGAAACUCUGCAAAACAAAACUAAGAUUUUCUUCUAACUUCUUGCCUAUAGGAACUGAGAUUUUAGGGUAGACACUAAACAAGAUGUGAGGUGAAAUAGAGUUGACAAUAUUUCAGUGACAAGAAAGCAAAGGCAUUCUCAAAAAAAAACAGUAUAAAGGUUGACUGAAUUAAUGUUCAGGUUAGGAUGGAGCAGAUCAUCAUCAAAGCUGCUCAGCUAUUUUAGGCAGAGUAUAGAUUGUUGUAAUGUUUUGUAGUAGUUUUGUAGACAAGAGGUAUUAAUGAGAAAGACCAUAAGAAAGUCAGUUUUUCAACUCAGUUUCUUAAGCAGAAAGCUAAUGUCUAAUGCAGUGAACUAAAAUUUGCUCUCUUUGUCUUUCUAAUUAAUGUUAAAUAUUAUGAGCUACAGCUAUGCUCUGUUAUGACAUUGGGAUUGUGCUGGGAUAUGACACAAAGAGAGGAAACAGCUCCACCUACUGCAGUCUUGCUCUGUUGAGGGGAAGGACCACUAUUUAUCACAUUAUUUUAGGCUGUGAGUUGUCUGCUACAUUUUGCUUUUCUGGUCCAUGCAGUGCUGUACAAUGAGCUCCCUAGGUGCCAAAUCAAUCUAAGCACUGGGGUAAGGCAGGACCUCUUGGAAUUGUGUGAUAAGCCUCUGUGCAUGUUUGACAUCACAGCCUUUGGGCUGUUGACCUGGAUUUGUAUCUUUAUCAUAGCAAAAGCCUCUCCUUGUGCAACCAUUGUGUGGAUGUUCAUGGAUGUAAGGUUUAUCUGAUUGAAGCUAAUGCUGGGCUACUUGUAGGGUAAAUAAAGUGAAUACAUUCCUCUAAAGGAGCAAAGAGCAACUCUGAGGAGCGUUUCUCGGGAGCUUAGCCACAGUAGGCUAAUGUUGGCUUUGUGGAUGAUCCCUGAUGUUUUCCAGUGCUAUUUGGUCACUUAGCUUAACUCACCAGUGGAACCAACAGCCCUGCUCAGAUAAAACCAAUUUGCUGUAGGUUGAGUUCAAGACAGAAGGGAGAGAAUGUAUUUCCUAAGGAGGAGAAGAGUAAGGAUGCAUAAACAUUAAGAAACCUAGUUUCUAUAGGUUUAUUCUUCAGUGAAAUUUCAUUUUUUCCAGCCAACUUGUUCCUCCAAAGAUACAGUCAGUGCCAGAGUAGUUUAGCUGAUAUAUAUUGAUUUUCUGAAUGCUUAAUGGAGAAACUAUUAGAUAUGAACUGCUUAUGGAGAAAGUCCAAAAUAAUAUAAUACAUUUUAUUUAUCCUAUACUUCAAUCAUCUGUAAAAGAAAAAAAUGUUUAUUUAAGUUAUUCUACAUGUGUGGUUUUGGUCAUGAAUUUGUUUCUGGUUUUUUGAAAUAACACCGCCUGUUUAGAAAAUGGAUGAGAAAAGUUCUCUAUUAAAUAAAGACAAUGACAAUUCCAGCA